UUUGUAUCUGGCAACCCUGUACAGUAGGCUUCGUUCUCGACUCACACUCGUGAAGCCCGAGGGGCGAGACACAAAUGUUUGGGCACAUUUCAUUUCCCCUGAUGCCUCUUUUUGUCUUGCCUAGCAAUAAAUAGAUACACAGGAGUUAUACAACUGUCGUGGGGUUGCAUCCUGCAGAAGAUAAGAUGGCUUAUAAAAGCAGUAUAAUUGAUGGAAGGUCAGACCACAGACGGCGGGCAGGCUAAUAAUGGGGAGGUGAAAAGGAUGGAUGGAUGGAUAUUAAUGAUGGUCUUUCAAUUCUGGAAAAAAAAAAUUCAAGGUGUGCACUUGUUUUCCCCUAGUGAGUGCGGCUUCUGCUUUAGCUGUCCCUUCAGCUUCAGGUCAGCAGGACUAUGCUUAAUUACUUCUUUGAGGAAGACUCAUUGCUCUGGAGUUCCUUCUGGCACCACUCCUACACAGAGAAUGUAUAAGCAGUCAGAGCUGCCUGAGUGUCAUAUGAAUGAGGAAGAGGAAGGAGGGGAUAAACCAAAGCAGCAGCUCCAGCACCUAAUUGUUAAAGUGUAUAGCAUAAUAUAUUGAUAUUGUUA